UUUAUUGUAAUUUUAUUUUUGUAGUGUUUUUCCUGUGAUGACUGCCUCAAAGAAAUUGAAUUCACAUAUACUAGCAGCUUCUUUAAUCAUACAUUGAAUAGUUGUAUACGGAUGUGAUCCUUGUUUAUGGUAAUUGAAUGGUUAGAGUGAUUAACUUACCAGUACAAAGACCAUGGCCUAUUUCACAGGUCAGAUUACUUGAAUAAACAUCUAGACAAAUGAGAAGUUUAGAGUGCACAAUUCACCAAAACCGCGCCUGAACUCGAAUGAAAGUGCUUUUCUGCAUUUGUUCAUAGCUUAGAAGACUUUUACAAUGCUCAUACUGUCAUACACAUCUGUGUUUUCUUCUGAAUUAAGUGCUUAGAACUGAUUAACACCAAUUUUAAGUAGCAUACACAAAGGUCAUCAUAGGCAUUCUUGUGAGUUUAUGCUAGGCGUAUCCCACACAUUUUAUGCUUUAACAUAUAUAGUGGUUGAAUCAUAUAUAGUAUGUUGUCUUUAGGUAAUCUGUAUGUUCCUUGCACCAUUCUUUCGACAAGCGAAUCCAGUGAAUGAUACAAUGGGGAACCCUUUAUACAUGCAAAUGCUGAACACUUUGACAAAUUCUGUUGGAUCUUUUCUAUGAAGAAUAUUCAAAUAAGAUGGAAAUUCUAAGAAGUAGUCAAAAAGCACAGCAAUAAUGCAGAUGCAACACUAUAAAAUGAAGUCAAACUCUGAUUAUUUUCUUCUUACCGGCGGCAAAAACCUCUGGUUGCCCCGUUCAUUCACCAAAACACAACAGUCUGAAAAUUGAAAUGAUCACAUCAGUUGAAAGAUACAGAAAAAGGAAGAAGCAGAGGUUGAAAAAAGACAACAAUGAACAUCGAAAUGAUGAAGUUCAAUCACUGCAUCAAUACCCUUCAGUAGCUCUUGUUGAGCUACCUGAAGAACUCAUCUUUUCUGAAAUCAUCACAAGAUUACCAGUAAAUUCUGUAAUCCGCUUCAAAUCUGUGUCAAAAACAUGGAAUUCCAUUAUUUCAACCCCACAUUUCAUCAAAUCCCACCUCAAACGCACAAAUUCAAAUCCAUUUGUGCCCACAAGUUGUCUCUUCAUUAAAUCUGCUUAUUAUUUUUACAUUCUUAAUUAUGCUGCAUAUGAUAGAUGCCCAGAUGAGAAUUAUGGUGAAAAGGGUUUAACUUUGGUUAAAAGUCUCAGUUUUUAUGAUAAUGGUGUUAAUACUUUCUUAAUUGGUUCAUGUAAUGGAUUGGUAUGUUUUGGGCGUGGGAAUCCUUUUGCUGAUAUUGAUUAUUACUUCCAUAUUUACAAUCCAGUGAUGGGUCAGUUUCUCCAUGUGUUAGAUCCUUUGGGAAAUUUUCAAGGGAAAUUGAUAUAUGGGUUUGGAUAUGUUUCUAGUAAGGAUGAUUAUGUGUUGUUAAUUGGUGGUCUUCAGAGGAGGAGUUAUGAGAAUUAUGUGUAUGUUUAUUCAUUAAGGUCUAAAGAUUGGAAGAAAAUCGGGACAUUUGAUGAAUAUAAAUUUUCGAUUUUCAUGGGUGGUAGAGGAGUUUUGGUCAAUGAGACAUUGCAUUGGGUCAGAACUCAAGUUCGAAUAUCGAAUGCUAAGUGUAUUAGUGGGUUUGAUUUGUCUGAUGAGACCUUCAAGGAUGUGAGCAUGCCCAAAGCUUUUUUGGGUAGUGAUCAUUUCUUGGAUUUCAGUGUGAGUGAGAUGGGUGGAUCUUUAUGUGCUUGGGCUAAAGAUGUAUAUGGAGGGGUAGAAAUGUGGAGCUUAUUGCAAUAUGGGGUGUCGGACUCAUGGACGAAACUCUUCAAGAUUGACAUGAUGCCGGACUUGGGUAACUUCUAUGGAUGCACAGAGAACGGUAAAGUUUUGGUUCAGACAGAAGAGGGAAGUCUCUUGCUUGCUGAUCCGGAUCAAAGUCCGACAGAAUAUAUCUCAUUAGUGAAAAAUUUGGGUGAUAUUGAGGUAGUGAGUUACAUUCAGAGUCCUGUUUCGCCUUUCCUCUGAUAUAAGUGACUGCUAUGAAACUGGUACAUUUAUCAUUUCUCCUUGGAUUUCCUUUUGUACAGAUUAUAGUAGAUUGAUGAUUGUAUUAUCACCUUCUAAAUCAUGUUGCAAGUAGUAUAGGGGAAAAUGUAUGUAUUCUCCCACAAAAAAGAAGUAA